UCUCGGUUUUAUAAACAUCUUUGGUGGGCCCUUCUGCUUCGAGCACGCACACGUCUGUGCCCAGUUGGAUAACUUUGCUAGCUCAUUGAUGGACCAUAGUAGAAGAAAAUGACAGAUUACGCCGAGGAGCAGCGAAACGAGCUGGAAGCUAUAGAGUCAAUUUACCCGGACUCGUUUACAGUGCUAUCAGAGGUGCCCACCAGCUUCACCAUCACUGUGACAUCAGACGCAGGGGAAAAUGAUGAAACGAUUGAAGUGACGCUACAGUUCACCUAUGUGGAGAAGUAUCCAGAUGAGGUGCCACUGUGGGAGAUCUACUCCCAGGAGAACCUGGAGGAUUCAGACGCAGAGGGCAUCCUCACCUUACUGCGGCAGCAGGCUGAGGAAAACCUUGGAAUGGUGAUGAUAUUCACCCUAGUUACAGCAGUUCAGGACAAACUGAACGAAUUAGUCGACGAGAUAAAAAACAGAAGAGAGGAAGAGAAGAGGCGAAAAGAGGAGGCGGCAGAGGAGGCUGAGAAGGUGCUCUUCCAAGGAACAGUGGUCACCAUCGAGAAUUUCCUGUCAUGGAAAGCCAAGUUUGAGCUGGAGAUGGCUGAGUUGAGGAGGAAACGGCAGAAAGAGGAGGAGCAGCAGCAGGCUGGAAAGAUUAAACUCACAGGAAAAAAGCUAUUUGAGACCGAUCACAAUCUUGACACAUCAGAUAUACAGUUCCUGGAAGAUUCUGGAAACAGUGUUGAAGUGGACGAGUCCCUCUUCCAGGACCUUGAGGAACUCGACCUGGAUGAAGACGACCCUGACUUUGACCCUCUGGCACUGGGCAGUGAUGAGGACUGAACGAGGAAGAAGAGAAGGCAGACGUGUUUUCAAAUACUAUUUAAAAUAUUUUGAGCAUUUGCCAUAGCCUGCCCGGAGUGCCAGAUCGGUGGGGAUUGCAGUGUUGUGACUAUUUUAUUGGUUCCAUUGCGCCUGGUAAGCACAAUCAAGCCCAGAAGAAAGCAUUUGAAAUUAUUUCAAAUAGUAUUUGAAACCAGGUCCGGUCCCAGAUCAUCUUUAUUGCAGUCACGUUGUGCUGCACAGAUUCAGAUCCCUCAACGCCUGGAGAAGUAUUUAGCAUCUCAGGAACGACAUCAAUGUGAUCUAGAAUUCUUCUGAGAUGCGCAGCACGACUGUAAUAUUUACAACUUUGAACGCAACCGAUACUAACAGGAGGGGAUCAUCACAGGAAGGGAAGUCACUGUAUGUAACCAAGCCCAGAGAAGAAAGACAUCCAAUAACACCCACAUUUAUGUUCUAAACAUGAACUAUAACUCCAGUUGGCUGUAAACACAGAAUCACCUCAAGGCAUUUAUACACCCUGGUCAAUGGAUUGAUUUAUACCCUGAUGCCAUUAAAGAUGCACUAUGCAGAAAUCUCCGCCAUUUCCUGGUCGCAAAAAUUCUAGUUUGCUUAAUUUCAGUUUGUGACAAAGCAAGUAUAGUGUAGAGAAUCAUUGUACCAUCUAAACUGCUAUGAAAUGUCUCUUCCAUAAACUGGUGUACAAAACUGAAAGAUGCAAUAAUUAAACUUAAACACGAAGCAUAGAAAUAGCGCACAUAGAACAGA